GCUGGGAGUUAAGAUGGCUUCGAAAGGACCGGCCGAGAGUUGGACUGAGGAGGCAAUUUGUCCCAUCUGCCUGGAUUUCUUCACCGAUCCGGUGUCACUGGAGUGUGGACAUAAUUUCUGUCGCUCUUGUAUCACACAAUGUUGGGAAAGGGAGGAGAGAAACUCCUGUCCGGAAUGUAGAGAGGUGUUCGCUGACCGCACCCUCAGGGCCAGUCGGGCCUUAGCAAAACUGGCUGAAAAAGCUCGAAAUCUAAACCUGAAUCUGAAAGAAAAGGAACGUAAACAUCACUGCGAGGAACAUGAGGAAGAACUGAAGCUGUUUUGUGAAACGGACAAGACACUGAUCUGUGUGAUUUGUGCAGCUGCUCGGGAACACAGAGCGCACCUCUUCCUGCCGAUUAAAGAAGCUGAUAAAAUCUACAAGGAUCAGGUAAAAUCUUCCUUAGACUUUCUAACAAAAAUGGAUGCAGACUUCCAGAAAAAGGAGCAGCAACAGAAAGAGAAGAUAGCCGGAGUUCGGGAACAGUCCAACAGUGCCCAGACACAUAUCACAUCCCAGUCUGCUGAACUGCGCCAGAUUAUCACUGAGAAAGAGCAGCGCUUACUCAGGGAUCUCAGGGAAGAAGAGGAGAGGAUUCUAAAUCCAAUGGAGAAAAAUCUUCUGGAGAUUCAAAAGAAUAUAAGGAUUAUUCAGGAGAAAAUCUCAAAGUUAAUGGAGCAGAUGGAUCAAAAAGACUGUGUGAUAUUUCUCAAGGAGGAAGCUCGUCAGAACAGAAGGAUUAAUGAUGAUAUCCAGAAAUUGACAGUGGCAGAUGAGACCCUACCGGUUGAAAAAUUCAAUCACCUCUGCUUCUUGAACACAGUGCUGAGAGAAACACUUGCUGCCACUAAUCAAGUCUCUGUCACCCUGGAUGUUGAAACGGCGCAUCCCUGGCUCGAGGUGUCUGAGGAUGGGAAGAGUGUGAGAUGGACCGUGACCAGGAGGAAUCUCCCAGACACCGGGAAGAGAUUCACAAACCGGCCUUGUGUGCUGGGAUCGCAGGGAUUCACAUCGGGGAGACAUUACUGGGAGGUGGAGGUGUCGGGGAAUCGGUGGUGUCUAGGAGUUGCCGCAGAGUCUGUGGAGAGGAAGAGAGCGGUCAGACUGAGUCCGGAGAUCGGAUUCUGGGUCAUCGGGCAGGUUGAUGACGUGUUCCAGUGGAAUAAUAAUGUGAUUAGUGUUCUCACCGCCCCUGAGUCCCUUCUCCCUGCUGGUCCCAUCCCCCGGAGGGUGGGAGUUUAUCUCAGUUACAAGACGGGGACAGUUUCAUUUUACAACGUGGACACCAACUCCCAUCUCCACACAUUCACUGGGAAUAAAUUCAAGGAAAAACUUUAUCCUUUCUUCGCGCUUUGUAAUUCAGACUACGGUCUGACAAUCUACUCCGGUUCCGCUGAGGGUCUGUAACUGGGUUGCGUCCCUGGACCGGCGUCAGGAGUAAAGUCCCUGUAAAUAAAAAUGUGUAACCAGUGAA